AUGAGGAGGUUCUGGCAGUGGGUCGUGCUGGGGCUCGCCGUAGUCGAGGGCAUGCGCGGCAAGAAAUUCCCAACUUAUCCCAAGAUCACCAAUAGGACUUUCAUCAAUCAGUAUCUGGACGCUCACAACAACUACCGCUGCGGCGUCCAACCCACUGCUUCCAACAUGCUCUACAUGACAUUUGAUCUAGCUUUAGCUAGAAUAGCAAGAGCAUGGGGACAGAAAUGCAUUUUUGCACACAAUCCAAAUACUAAAGUCCACCCUGAGCCUAAAUUUAGGCCAUGUGGAGAAAAUAUAUGGAAAGGAUCUGCCAGCAGCCAACCAUUUAAUGUUGCUGGUCCCAUUUCAGCAUUUUACAAUGAGGUAAAAUACUACACCCUCAGUACCCACCAAUGUACAAAAGUAUGUGGUCAUUAUACUCAGGUUGUUUGGUCUGCUUCUUACAAGGUUGGCUGUGCUGUUGUUUUCUGCUCUCGAAUGAAAGAUGGCGGGAGGAAUGUUUUGCUUUUGGUGUGCAAUUAUGCUCCAGCAGGCAACUAUGUUGGGGUUCGUCCUUAUAAACAAGGAGAGUCAUGUAGUGAGUGCCCAAAAGGAGACACUUGUCAGAAGCAACUCUGUAGAAAUCCUGAACGUGAGAAAGAAAACAGCAAGCGUUAUUCACGAUGGUAUCCACCUUUUGAAUUCCGGAUUAUAUGUGAUGGUUCCUGCAUUGCUGUUGCAAUUUUACGGCCAUUAUUCAUGUUUCUAGCAUUUGCAACUGUUUACUACUUACAACUCCGUUAUCCGGGUUUAAGUAUUAAAAAAUAAUCUCCAAUAUGCAUAUAGCACACAAAAAUAUUUUCUUUGAAUAUCUUAGGUAGCUAACAGAGCACAUUUAUAUGAAUGCUAAGAUUGUU